AUGGUUGAGCCAUAUUGCUUCAAACAAGGCGGGUCUACUACUAGAACCCCCAUGCUUGAUGGAACCAACUAUGCUUGUUGGAAAGCUCGAAUGAGAGCUUUUCUCAAAGCUAUGGAUGAGCGUGUUUGGAGUGUUGUGGUUGACGGCUGGACUCCACCUACCAUCAAGGAUGGUGAGGACACUAAACAAAAGCCCGUGUCAGAAUGGACUACGGCUGAGGCUAUAACAAAUUGUGAAAUAGCCAAGGAUGCGUGGGAUAAGCUGCAAACUAAAAAUGAAGGAACAAAAAAUGUCAAAAAUUCUAGAUUGAGAUCUCUCACAACUGAAUUUGAAAAUUUUACUAUGACAGAUGAUGAGUCUAUCACUGAAUUUCAUGCUAGAUUAUGUGAUAUUACUACUGAAUCUUUUGCUCUAGGUGAAACUUAUUCAGACUCCAAGCUUGUAAGGAAGGUUCUCGGAGCUCUCCCUAGGAAGUUCAAGUCAAAAGUUAAUUCCAUUGAGGAAUGCCAUGAUGUUGAUACCCUUGAUUUGGAUGAGCUGAUUGGAUCAUUGUGGAACUAUGAACUCACUAUGAAAAGGUGGUCUAAAGAAAAUAAAGAAAAAAGGGUUUCUAGUGGAGUUUCUUUAUCUCACAAAGCUGCCGAAAAUAUUUUUGUAGGAGAUUCUCUUGAGAUUUUAGAUGAGGAGAAGGCUGAGUGUGCAAACACUUUGAAGAAAAAGGGGAGAGCUCUGGCAGCAACUUGGAGUGACAGUGAAGAGGAUCAAAAGGCUGCAGAAAAGGAUAGUUCAGAUUUGGAAGAAAACUUUGUUGCUUUCACUGUUAAGACAUCAGAAACACCAUGUUCAAACACUAACUUAGAUGGAGUGUGUAGUGAUGAGGAUGACUUGGACCAGCAAACGACCUAUGAACAAAUGUAUAAUCAAUGGGUUAGCGUGAUAAAGAAAGCUAAAAUUCUAGAGAUUAAAGUGGGAGAACUCGAAGAAGAAAGGAAAAACUUGUUAGGAAAAGUCGAUUUUCUCACUUUGGACAUUGAAGAGAAGAGGGUUGCUCUAGAAGAAAUGCAGGAGAAGCUGGACUAUGCUAAUAAAACCAUUGAGACAUACAUUGUUGGUGAAGAUUUAUUUGACAACAUGAUGGGAAUUGGUCAAUUUGCUAGAAAGAAACAUGGAGUUGGUUUCAAUCAACCAUUGGCUAUCAAAAAGAAAGAUCUUCCAAAUAAGGCUCAAGUCUCUCUUGUUGGAAGAAAACAGUGGAGACAGAAGAAUGCUCAUACUAAGGCUCUUGUGGUUCAUACUUCUCUUUUGGCUUGUAACAGUGACCAGUGGUACUUUGAUAGCGGGUGUUCUCGCCACAUGACCGAAAACAAGCAUCUUCUCACUAAUCUUUUGUCUUAUGUUGAGGGAUAUGUCACCUUUGGUGAUGGGAGCAAAGGUCGGAUCAUGGGAAGAGGGGAGUUGCAUUUACAUGGUUUACCUCCUUCGAAAAAUGUACUCUAUGUUGAAGGGAUUAGAUCUAAGGACAAUUGUUAUCUCUUAAGCACUAACUUAGUGUGUAAUGCGGCAAAGACGGAUGAAACUAAACUAUGGCACUACAAGUUAGGUCAUCUUAAUUAUAGAGAUCUUAGUAAACUUGUAAAAUUAAAAGUGGUUAGAGGUGUUCCAAACAUGGCUCUAUUGAAAGACAAAGGUGAAAAGGUUAAGAAAGUGAUUCGUCUUAGAAGUGACCAUGGCAAGGAAUUUGAGAACAACAUCUUUGCUGAUUUUUGCAACCUAGAAGGGAUAGUUCAUGAGUUCUCAGCGCCGAAAACUCCUCAGCAAAAUGGGGUUGUUGAAAGGAAAAAUUGA